AGCCGUGGAGCGAUGCGCAUGCGCAGCAGCUCACUCUGCUGAAGGGCUGAGAGGCGCACCGGGGCGGCCAGCUGGGGUCGGAGCGGAGCGGGGUCAGGAUGGACGAGGACGUGCUGACGACCCUGAAGAUCCUCAUCAUCGGCGAGAGUGGGGUGGGCAAGUCCAGUCUGCUCUUGAGGUUCACAGAUGAUACAUUUGAUCCAGAACUUGCAGCAACAAUAGGUGUUGACUUUAAGGUGAAAACAAUUUCAGUGGAUGGAAAUAAGGCUAAACUUGCAAUAUGGGUUACUUUACAUCAGCAGACUGCAAACUUUUUCUUAAAGAGCCAGAUAGGAAAUAGUCCAAUCCUGAAGUGGGCCAUGUAGCAAUACGAUACUGCUGGUCAAGAGAGGUUUAGAACAUUAACUCCCAGCUAUUAUAGAGGUGCACAGGGUGUUAUAUUAGUUUAUGAUGUCACAAGAAGAGACACAUUUGUUAAACUGGAUAAUUGGUUAAAUGAAUUGGAAACAUACUGUACAAGAAAUGACAUAGUAAACAUGCUAGUUGGAAAUAAAAUCGAUAAGGAAAAUCGUGAAGUCGAUAGAAAUGAAGGCCUGAAAUUUGCACGAAAGCAUUCCAUGUUAUUUAUAGAGGCAAGUGCAAAAACCUGUGAUGGUGUACAAUGUGCCUUUGAAGAACUUGUUGAAAAGAUCAUUCAGACCCCUGGACUGUGGGAAAGUGAGAACCAGAAUAAAGGAGUCAAACUGUCACACAGGGAAGAAGGCCAAGGAGGAGGAGCCUGUGGUGGUUAUUGUUCUGUGUUAUAAACUCUGGGAAAUUCCAUCUCUUGCAUAUUUGAUCAGAUAGUGACAUCUUUCUGUAUAUAAACUCUUUAACUGCUAUUUUAGGGACCUUGCAGUUUGCACAUAAUUGUUUUAUAUCAUAGCAGUAAAUAUUUGCAAGAAAUCCCACUCAUUGACCCCAGGUAAAAUGUUAUGGUAAGCAUGCACAGUUUGCAGUCUACAGUUUUUUUAUGUGGUACAAAAUAGGUGUACCUUUAUAAGUACAUUCAAUUUUAUGAUUUACAUUUAUCAUAUAAUUUUUUUAAAAAUCCACCUAUCUAGUAUAUGUUGAUACAAAGUCUGCUUUUGCUAUUCUUUUUGCUUAAAUACUCCUAUCAUUUUCUGAAUUACUUGGUAUGUAGAACUCCUAGACCCACGGAGAAGAAUAGAGGUAUCAUGAAACGUGGCAAAUUUUCUUUCAGGAAUAAUAAAGAGCAUGAUUCCACAGCUUUUCUAGGAUGUUUGAGAUUCUUUUUUAGUACGAAGCAAAAUUCUCAUUACAGAAUGUAGCCCAGGCCAAUUUAUAACUAAAUCUCUAUUUGUUCUGAUGAUGCUUCUAAAACAGCAUUGAUAGGUUAAAGAAGCUUGGUACUUUUAAUUUACUUCAAUGAUUAGCUCAGUUGCUUAACUGGAGUUUUAAUCCUGUGAUAUGUACAUUGGAUUCAUGACUCUGUGCAGCAUUUUUAGUUAUGUGGUGUUUGGCAGAAUGACAAUAAGGUUUUCCCCCAUUUUGGUUUCAGGAGGACGUGAAUAGUGUGUUUAUUGUGACUCCUCGUACUAACCACUUUUAAAACCAACAUCUUUUUUCAUAAAUGUUGGUAGUAUUUGUCCAGGUACCUCAAUUGUAGCUUGUGUAAUGUUGAUGAAUAUCUGUAUCUUAUGGCUUCCAUAAUGGCUAGUUGACGUUGAAAAACCUAUUUCUGUGUUUUGAGGAGUGGGGAAGAAAAACACAGAGUGAAAAUUUGAGAAAGGCAUAUUACUUUCAGAUUCUGAUGUGUGAGGGAAAAUACUGUCACAAUGAAAAUCUUGACAAUUCACUUAACAAGUAACCAAUAGUUCAUCAAAACCAACUUGUACAGACUAAUACAUCUUUUUCAUAGUAUUCAGUUUUCUCACCUCUUGCUAUUGUAUAUUGUAGAUUUUUUUCACUCAUGUGUUAUUUAAUUUACACUGAUCUCUGCUAUUUUAACCCCCCAAGUAAGUUAUUUGUCCUUUAAGGUUGGUUACUAUAAUACCCCUUAGUAAGAUUCCAGUAUUAAUUUCUGGGCAGUUUGUUCUCUGUAUACAAUUGCAAAUGAUAAGCAUUUUUGUGAGUGACCACCUUUGCAAUAUGUUUGUUAAUUUACUUCAUGUUGGGUUCUUUCUGAAAUGUACAUCUUUACAUAUAAAAACCUCACAUUUAUUUGAUUUACACUUCCUAGUCUACAUUACAUGUGGUUGAAGGUUUUAUACAUUCUAUAUGCUUUUACUAAAUAUACAAGAUUUACUACUAGAAAUUUGGAGAAAGAACACUAACACAGGUACUUGUGAUUUGUUCAUGUUAUAUUAAAACUUGAGAUUUGUGUAUUUAUGUAGAGUCUGUAUUGACAAGACUGUUGUUUUUUGCUCCUUGAGCUAUAUAAUCAUCUGUGUAUUGGAUUGUUGUCUUGAUUUGGUCUAAAUUUGAAUAUAUACAAGUUACUUGAAUAUAACAAAAAUGAAUUUUGUUUGAUAGAUUUAUAUUGUAACCUUUUUCUAGUUCUUGAAUAAAUAUAGCCUACCUUCCCUAGAUGGAUUUGUGCAGGAAGUAUAUACAUUUCCCUAUUACUCUCAUCAGCUGAGGAAUAUGUACUAUGGUGUUACUGAUAUUAUGUGGCUUUCAUUUUAUUAUUUUGUUGCACGCUUAGUGUUUUGUAGUGGAGGUUUUGUAAGUGACAACAGUUGUAAUAUCUAAAGUCAGGCACCUAGUAGCAGGGUUUUGUUAAUUCUUUUCAGAAUCAUUGAAGCAGUCUUAAAGGGUCUUUUGCAGAUGGUACAAAUUAGAACAAUUAGAAUGUAGUAUUUUGAGUUCUGGGAGUACUGAGAUUGACCCAAACAAAUAAAGAACUAUUCAAUUUC